GAUUGACAGUGCAGCCUUCCUUUUGUUUCUUCUUUUGAGCAAGUUAAGUUCACUGUUUCAAGUAUUUUGGGAUCCACAAGGUGGGGACGUAAAGGAUUGGGUUUCCAAUGGAGACUGACAGACCUGACAGCCAGACUCCCAAUCAACUGAGACCCCUGGCCUGCUCCUGCUCCUGCUCCAUCCUACAUCGAUCCCAUGGCUCGGCCAGUUGGGCUCAACGUGAAACUAAAGUGCUUGCUGCAGUUUACGGGCCCAAAGCUGGAACCAAGAAGAACGAAAACCCCAAAAAAGCAUCCAUUAAAGUUAUUUGGAAACCGAAGACUGGACAAAUUGGAAAAGUGGAGAAGGAGUAUGAGAUGAUAUUGAAAAGAACUUUGGAAAGCAUCUGCAUUCGAACAAUAUAUCCCAACACCACCACUUUGGUUAUAGUCCAGAUUGUCCACGAUGAUGGUGUUCUUCUUCCAUGUGCAAUAAAUGCAGCAUGCGUUGCACUUGUGGAUGCGAGAAUUCCCCUAAAACAUCUUGUUGUAGCAAUAUGUUGUUCUAUAACAGACAGUGGUUGUAUUAUAUUGGACCCAACCAAAGAUCAAGAGGAGAAAAUGAAAGCAUUCAUCAAUUUAGUUUUUCCAAAUACAAUUGUUUCUGUCCUCCCAGAGGGAUCACUACAGGAGGGUAGUGAGACUAUGGCACAUGGAAUCAUGACAUCUAUUACACAGGGUGCUAUGUCAGGUUUGGGAGGGUUUGUGGCAUGCAGAGCACUCUCACAAAGGAAUACUGAUCCUACCAAAGCUUCACGCCCUUGGGACAUUGCAAUACUAUAG